AUGGGUCCUCAAAUUGUAUUGGGGGUCAUUGUUUCACACACACACACACCUCACUCAGAGUCAUGGCAGCAGCGACCUUUACUGGCUCCUCAAAGACCCUUUCCUCUUCACAAAUUCAAUGAGAUUGGUAUUGUUUCUCACCCAAUUCAACGAACCCAUUCCUCAAAAACCAUCAUUUACAGUAUAUUCAAGAACAACAAAGCCAUGGCUGCUUCUCUUUUGGGUGCUGCUGGGUUUGCCCUCACCCUAGUAGUGGAACCCGCCUCUGCUGCCGAGCUUCCAUUGAUGAUGGGUUCUUCUUCUUUGCCGCUCUAUGAACUCCCAAAUGCCCUCUCUUUGCCCACCUGGGCCAUCCACGUCUCCAGCGUCGUUGAAUGUGCAUUUUGUGAUAAUAUGUUUUCCUUAAUAUUGCUAGAUCCUCCGGAACUCGCAAUAUACAAGAACCGUUUGCAAGAGUACACUAAAAAAUCAUCCAUUCCACUCCCAGUUUAUGAAACAAUUAAUGAAGGAGGAGUUCCACAUGAGCCAAGGUUUAGGUCCACUGUCCGGGUGGAUGAAGCAUCAUAUAUAUCUCAUGAUGUAUUUUCACAACAAAAGGCUGCAGAGCAAGAUGUUGCCAGGGUGGCAUUGGAUGGUAUAACACAAAAGAUACUUAUUCGUGAGCCUAUCCUCCAUGAAUUUCCAGUCUUUUGCAAGUCCAUCCUCUCUGAAUAUGCAGUCAAGAUGCAUCUGGAGAAACCCACUUACAACACAACUCGGUCAGUGGGGUUGCUUCCACUUCGUGUAUCUGCUUUGGUAUUCUAUAGUGUUACUUACACUGGCGAGGCAGGCAAAAACAAGGAGGCUGAACAGUUGGCAGCACGGAAAGUUAUCCUGUCAAUUUUGGAUACUUCCGACUCAAGAACUGUCAUCACUGAGAUCAUCAAGUCUAAAGUGAAGGUUAAUGAAGGAGACUCCACCCAGAGUGGCAUU